UGAUAUGAGUGUCACGUGUUUUGCGCUGUUGUUUACGCUUUCAUAACGUUUUUGUUGUUUUGUUUUUUGUGUUGACAUCGAAACCAAUUGAUCCGCAAAUAAGAUGGCAAUGAUUAAGACACCGACUAAUCAGCAAAGGAUGACAAACGUAGCCAUCGUUCGGAUGAAGAAAUGCGGACAACGUUUUGAGAUCGCGUGCUAUAAGAAUAAAGUGGUCUCUUAUCGACAGAAAGUCGAGACAGACAUCGAUGAAGUCCUGCAGACACCGAUGGUCUUCACGAAUGUGUCCAAAGGACAGACCGCUAAGAAAGAGGAUCUGAUUAAGGCGUUCGGCACCGAAGACCACAUGAAAGCGUGUCUCGAGAUCCUAUCGAAAGGAGAACUACAGAUCAGUGAGAAGGAGAGGUCUCAUCAAUUAGAGGGCACUUACAAAGAGAUUGCGACCAUAAUUGCCGACAAAUGCGUGAAUCCGGAGACGAAGAGGCCGUAUAGCGUGGGUAUGAUUGAGAAGUGUAUGAAACAGUUGCACUUCUCGGUCAAACCCAACCGCAAUAGCAAACAACAGGCCAUUGAACUGAUCCCUCAGCUCAAGACAGUGAUGCCUAUAGAUAGGGCGCAAAUGAAGCUCCGGGUCAUCACACACAAGAAGCAUAAGCAGAAACUGAAAGAGUUGGCCACUAGUCUCGAGUCGGACACUAUCGCCGAAGACGGACACAUCGAAAUGGUUUUUAUGACAGAUCCGGGAAACUACCGCAUCAUCGAUCAGUUGGUCAACAGUACUCCCAAAUCACAACUACAUGUGUUGUUGUUGCAGGAGAUGGAAGACGGAGAGGCAUCACUCGAAUGAAACGCCCGGCGCUCCCAACCCAACGCUCCAAUAUUCAAACCCCAAUUCAUUCAAAUCUCUAUAUAAAUUGUCGAUUACAUCAGUUUCUGUAAAUAAUUUUUAUUACUUUAACCGAUCUUUUUGUCUGCAAAUGAUUUAACAGUAA